CGCCGCCAUUGUUGUUGUUGGCCAGUGAGAGGACGUGUUGAAAAUCUCAGCCAAUUAUGUUGUUCCUGGUGUCCCAUGUGUCCGGGCAGCGGCAGACUUGGUGCAUCAGCGAGCCCACGCCCACAGGGGAGGCGCUGCUCGAGGCCCUGAGGCGGAGAGAGGGCAAUGCAUGUGAAGUUGUGCUACAGAGCCACGGCCACAUCAUCGGCCCGUCAUCACCCAUUGACGAUGGAUCAACAGUUGUGGCCACCCUGAGGCUGCCUGGAGGGAAAGGUGGCUUUGGCUCCAUGCUGCGGGCUAUUGGUGCUCAGAUUGAAAAGACCACAAACCGCGAGGCUUGCCGUGACCUUAGUGGGCGUCGGUUGAGGGACAUAAAUGAGGAAAAAAGAUUGAAGGACUUUAUCUCUAAGAAAGCUGAUCGAGAAAGGGAAUUGCAAGAGAAAAAACGACAGAAAUUUAAGAUGCUAGAAGAAUCUCCAAGACACACCUUCCAAGAUGAGUCUUAUUUUCAGCAAAGAGAACGUCGUGAAAAAAAUUUGUAUGAUUCUUUAGACAAAGCUUUUCAAAAAGACCAAGAACCAUCAAGCACCAAAAGAAGCCUAAAAGAGGAACCUGUGGCUAAAGCCAAAAAGGCAAAGUUCAUAGAUGAUCUUGAUGAGUCCAGCAGUGAGGAAGAGGAAGAUAAUGGGGAGAAAGAAGCAGGCAAGGAACAACAGAAAAUUGACAACAGCAAGCCCAACACUAAACAAGAGGAAGAUAAGAAGGCUACCAAGCAGUCUACAGCUUUAGUGACUGAGAAAGACUGUGGAUCAUCAGCCACCAAGAGAAGUAUGGAGGAGGGACCUGUGGCCAGAAUAAAAAAAGGGAGAUUCAUGGAUGACCUUAACGACUCCAGUAGUGAGGAGGAGGAAGAAAAAGACAUGGAGAAGGAAAUAAAGCCACAUGCCUGUGACAAUGGCCACAUCAGCACAGGCAGCAGUAGCAAUCAGAACACCACAAAGCAAGUACAAGAUACAGAAGCAACAAGCACCCCUACAGAUGACAAGCUUCAAGAACAAUGAGAACAUUUUAUACAAUAUCUUUACAGGAAGCAAGACUCAAAUUUUACUGAUAAAAUUUUUUUGACUCAUGGCAAGGAUAUCAUUUUUAAGAUAUCUUUGCUGGAAGUUAAAAAGUUGUUUCAUUGUAUGACAUUAUUGAAAACUAAUAAAAAAUACCUGAAAACAAA